CUUUGCUGCAACAACAACCCGUCAGUGUGCGACGAGGGAGAUAUCAUGGCGCAGAAGGGGGACAACCUUCUCCAGCGCUCGCUUUACGUAUUCGACCUUCCCGAGGAACUGCUUUCCACCCUCACACUCAAGGAUCAACCUGCGCGACCAGUCGAACAAACACCGCCACGAACACCUAAGCCUCUCUCCGAAACUGCGGGCACCGCAGACGACGCUGGCGCUCCUAGCAAAGCUACGUCCUGUAACUUAUGCGGCCUCAAUUUCUCGUCUGUCACCGAACAGCGCGACCAUGUGCGGUCGGAUCUCCAUGGGUACAAUUUGAAGCGGAAGAUGAAGGGACUCAGCUCUGUGGGAGAGGCGGAGUUCGAAAAAUUGAUUGGGGAGUUGGAUGAGAGUAUAUCAGGGUCGGAGUCUGAAGAGUCGGAUGAUGACGAGGAGGAUGAGGCAGGAGGGAAGGCGAAGGAGUCUACAUUAAGUGCUUUGCUGAAGAAGCAGGCAAAGAUAUCGAGUCCAGAGUUCGAUGAAUAUGACUCAAGGAGAAAGCAACGGGGAUCUGGGAAGCCCCCGCUGGUAUGGUUCACAUCGCCGCUGUUACCUGAGAACACGUCGUUGGGUGUCUACCGCGCUAUCUUCUCAGUUGCGGAGCAGGAGGAAGAGGCGCAUCUUGUGGAGACACUUCGUAACAAACAACUUCCGCCGGCGGCAGCUCCUCCGAUAAAGUCGGAAGGUGGAGGCGUGCCUCUACCCGGGACAAAUGUGGGACCGCACUACUUCCUAUGUAUGAUCGGAGGAGGACAUUUCGCUGCCAUGGUUGUGGCACUUGCACCGAAGAAAGGAAAGACACAUACUGGAUCGGAUGAGCGGUCGACAACAGUCCUUGCACACAAGACCUUUCACAGAUAUACCACACGACGGAAGCAAGGUGGUGCGCAGUCCGCCAGUGAUGCAUCAAAAGGUGCUGCUCAUUCUGCCGGUUCCUCGUUGCGUCGUUACAAUGAAGCCGCAUUGACGAAUGAAGUGCGGGACCUGCUGAAGGAGUGGAAACCUCUCAUUGAUUCGGCAGAGCUGCUGUUCAUAAGAGCUACAGGAAACACUAACCGGAGGACGCUCUUUGGGCCAUAUGAAGGUCAGGUCCUGCGCAAUAACGAUCCCCGAAAUAGAGGAUUUCCUUUUAGCACCCGACGUGCAACGCAAAAGGAGCUGUUGCGCGCCUUCGUGGAGCUGACCCGUGUUAAGCAAAGUACCGUGGAUGAAGCUGCUCUGGCAGCACUGGAAGCCGCUGCGGCGAAGGAGGUGACCCCACCGACCCAACCCGUAAAGCCCCCGAAGCCACCAAAGCCCUCAAGAGAAGAUGAAACCGCAGCUCUGCACACUUCUCAACUCACCUCAAUCAUUAAACGAUCCAAGGUUCCAGCCUUACUGAACUACCUCAAGACAAACAACCUAUCUGCGGAUUUCACCUUUGUCCCUCCGAAUUACCAUACCCCCCGGCCACUCCAUUUGGCGGCGUCUUUGAAUUCGGCGCCCGUAGUUCUGGCCCUCCUGACCAAAGCAGGCGCCGACCCGACCAUUAUGAGUGACGAUGCUCGAACACCCUUCUCGCUCGCAGGCGACCGCGCAACACGCGAUGCUUUCCGCAUGGCUCGCUCUGAGCUCGGCGAGGCAGCUUGGGACUGGGACAAAGCAGGCGUUCCGCCGGGCCUAUCGAAAGCAGAGGUGGAACAGCGGGAAGCGCGGGAGAAGGCUGAAAAAGCGAUAGAAGAGAAGGCGGAGGCGGAUAGGAGAAAGGCAGAGACCGAGCGCUUGAGGAAGGAGAGCGAGGCGGAAGAGGCGAAGAGGAGGGAACAGAGGCUUGGGAAGGGGAAAACAUUGGGUGCAUUGCCACAGAAGACGGCUGCGGACCAGCGGGAGGAGGAUGCAAGGGGUUUGACGCCCGAGGCGAGAGCGAGGUUGGAGAGGGAGAGGAGGGCUAGGGCGGCUGAGGAGAGGUUGAGGAGGAUGCAGGGGAGGUGAGGUAUUGUCGGCAUGGUGCUGUAGAGUUCUGGGGUGCGAUGUGUCUCAAUCUAGAUACCCACAUUCGGGAUUCUCUGUUUU